AUGGACAGCGAUGUCGUGGUGGUGCCUCGAUUGCUGGGCAUACUACAACCACUGACGCUGGAAAUCGUGAACUGGCCAGGCAGUGAGGACCAAUGGCUUGAAGGUCCAAGCUCUGCAUCAGCGCCCUCACGCCGGAUCCCGUUCAGCAAACAUCUGUUUGUCGAGAAGCGGGACUUUGGGAUCUCAAGUGCAGAGGCUGGCGAUUCGGAACCGCGAUUUUCUGUUGGAGAGAAGGUGAGGCUUCGACAUUGCUACAUCAUUUGCUGCAAGACGGUGUUGUUCGAUGAUGCCGCGGAGGUCACAGCAAUUCAAUGCGAAUGCGAGUUUGACAGCUUGGGAGCCACGGGCAGCGAGAAUAAAUCCGAUGGGCCCGGACCAAAUGUAGUGUCAUGGGUGGCUGCCUCACGCGACUUACACGUGCAGGUGGCCUUGCAGCCCGGUCCUGCCGACUUGGUCGCUGGGCACGGAGAUGCCGGUGGGCGCCUAUUUUGUGAGCCAUGGUUGGCGGCGCUGUGGCCUGAACUGGUUCAUCAUCAUGGCCGUUCCACGCAGGAUGGAUAUCAUGGCGUUGGUGCAGACUCGCCGACCGACCCGUCUGAGCAAUCCAAGUUUGGAGGUGUGGUCCAGCUUGAGCGGCUUGGCGAGUUUCGUAUUUGCCAAGUUGGUGCUUCCUGUGCAUUGCAGUGUGUACGGGCCUGGGUGCCCAAAACACCCGCCAAGCCGGGAAAAAGACAGCGGGUGCCGACGGCUGUCCACGAGGCCACGGCAUUGGCAUCAGCCGCACGCAAACAAGCCAUGAAGGAUGCAGCCUGCCACUUCUCACUUGAGGAGCCGUUAUUACUCAUGUGUGCCUGUGAUCGCUGGGAGCGAGUGCUAGCACUGGACCUGCGGGAAGCUUGGCGCGAAGCAGCUCAAUUGGAAGAAGUCGGCCAGGGCUUGUUCCGACUGCGUGUCAAGGAUGCUGCUCUGUCUCCAGCUCAUCCAGCGAGGGGCAAAUCCAGCAGUCCCGAGCCCCCUCUACUGCGCGAGGGCACAUUCAAGACAGACGAUGUGUGGCACGUGGCCGGUUUAAGGCGAUGCUUGCGUUUGCUUACUUUUCCGGGCUCUCGGAACGAUCUGGUGGCCCAAGCUGGCAAGGUGAAACUCGACUUCCCUCGCGGCUGGAGCUUGGAACAUGAGGGUCCGUAUCAGCCACGCUACGAGUCCUUGGCUCCGUACGCGCAGUCCUGCGGCUUCAUGGCCGCCCAGCUAGGAAGAGCGAUUGCGGGGCCGUUGCGUGAUGCAAGUGACGCGGAGGACGCGGCUGACACUGCAAGCGUGGUCACGGUGCAGAUCGUUGGAAGGGAAGAUUUGUUUUUGUUGGCUCAGGAUGACUUGGGCUUCGAUGCCUACUCGCCCACGGAGUUCGGCACGAGCUGGAGGGCUCGGCCCUUCCCGGACUACAGCGCCGCGCUGGAGCCCUUGGCGGCCCUGGCUAUGCUUGGCCUGGGCUUGCGGCUGCACCAGCGUCUUUGGUCCCAAGCGCCCAGAGCCUUCUUGGAUGCCACCUGUGGCACGGGGACCCUGGCAGCUGCAGCGAAGUACUGCCAAAAGGACUGGCCUAUCUUUGCCGGGGACGUGAAUCCCACUCUGGCGAAGAGGGCGCGCAUCAACUUGGAGGCCGCCUUCCCGAAACAGACCUUCGAGCUCACCGAGCUUUCGGAGAAGCCAGUCCCAGGCAUCGGGGUCAGGGAGUGGGAUGCCACGGAGCCUUGGCCCAUACCCCCAACUGCUGCAGUCAGCAGCACGGGCCGGGGACUUUUGAUCGCUUCGAACCUUCCUUGGGGCAAGAACUUGAAGUGCCAAGUGGAGGCUGCUACCCUGAUCACCAAGUGCCUGGCACGAUCCUUUCCGGAGGCGACGCUUUGCCUCGUGGCGCCGGAGGAGGUCGCUCGCAACUGCGACGGGUGGUUCCGCACCAUGUUUACGGAGCCGGCCAAGGAUCCGAUGGCCCAGUUGAAAGCCCGCACAGCUGCGACAGCUGCCCGGAACUUAGCAUCCAAGGAUGGCAAGGACUGA